AUAAAACUGAACCUGCCUCUCACCGCCGAGGACCCUUGGUCUAAGAUAACAUCUAUGUGAGCAGAUCCAUGUAUUUUAAGGAUCAAACAGUUUGAUUAGAGUUGUAAAAAAUGCCUACACGCUGCGAGAUCUUCUGCGAAAUUCUCAUCGCCGUCUUGCUUCCUCCUUUAGGCGUUUGCCUCAGGCAUGGCUGUUGUAGCGUUGAAUUUUGCAUUUGUUUGCUUCUGACUAUCCUAGGCUACAUUCCUGGAAUAAUUUAUGCUCUGUACGCCAUCGUUUUCGUCAAUCGUGAUGAAUACUUUGAUGAGUAUAGGCGUCCUCUCUACUCCUCCUACUAGUAAACCAGUACCUGGUUCUUACUCUUUAAGCUGUACGGUCUUGAAUUUAUAUGUGCUGUUUAAACUCCUCUUAAUAAUAUGAUAUUUGAUGCUUAAUUUGUUUGA